AUGAAGCUUCAAAAGUAUGACUUCGACCUUGAAUAUUCUCCUGGCAAAACCAUGGUCGUCUCAGAUGCACUCAGCAGGGCCUACCUCAACAACCAAUCAACUGAAAUUGAUCAACCUGAUUUGAUUCACUGUAUCCAAUUCACUUUCGACAACCUUCCCAUCAGGUUUGCUCGCCUGACUGAAUUUCAGAAAGAGACAGCCUCUGACACUACAUUACAGCAACUCAAGGAAUACACUCUUAAAGGAUGGCCACAACAACGUGACAUUCCUCAAACAGUCAAGCCAUACUACAACAUCCGUGAUGAAAUUGUUUACAACAACGGCUUACUCCUCAAAGGUCAACGCAUCAUCAUCCCAUCAUCACUGCGCAGCACCAUGAAAGCAAUCAUACACCAGGGCCACACUGGCAUUGAAAGUUGCAAAAAUCGUGCGCGAAUGUCCGUCUAUUGGCCCGGAAUAAACGCACAAAUUGAAGAUCUUGUUUCUAACUGUUCACUUUGCCCAACCUACAGAAACAAGCAACAGAAGGAAACCCUUAUUCAACCUACGGUUCCGAAUGCACCAUGGACAAAAGUUGCCUCAGACCUGUUUCCCCUUUAUGGACAUGACUACGUUAUCGUUACGGACUAUUUCUCAAAGUACAUUGAAAUUGAACGACUCACCGACAAAUCGAGCGCCACUGUGGUUAAUAAAAUUAAGAAGAUUUAUACUCGACAUGGCAUUCCUAAAGAGCUCUGUUCCGACAAUGGUCCAGAAUACACAGCGGCAUGUUUCAAACAGUUUGUCAAAGAAUGGGACUUUAAACACACUACUUCAAGUCCUCACUUUUCGCAGUCCAACGGUUUCGUGGAAAGAGCAAUCCAAACUGUUAAGAAGAGUUUGAAAAAAGCACAUGAUGGCAACAAGGACCCUUACCUUGCCUUGUUAGUUCUCAAUACCACUCCUGGAAACGACAACAAGUCACCAGCUGCGCGCCUCUUCGGUCGUCAACCACGUUCCACAUUGCCUUCCCUAAUCCAACCUGCAUUUCCUCCUCCCCCUCCUCCCAAAGACACCCGAGCGAAGACAAAAGAAAGAUAUGAUCAACACGCUAAAGAUCUACCUGAUAUCCAACCAGGAACUGUUGUUCGAAUCUGUGCGAAGGAAGAUGAGAAAUGGAAUCAACUUGGUAAAGUCGUGGAGAAGUGUGCCGAGCCACGGUCCUAUCGUGUCCUCAAUGACAAAGGAAACAUUGUGAGACGCAACCGCCGCCACCUUAUCCCGUGUAAGGACAGAUUCCAGAUCCGGAAUGACUUUGAUUAUGAUGAUCUAGAAGUGACAACUCGACUCAGUUCUCCAGAACCACCAAACGAAAUCGUCACAAGAUCUGGUCGAGUCGUUCGAAAACCGACUAGAUAUAGCUAG